AUGGCGCCAAAGCGUUCGUCGACAUCAAGGGCGGCAGAUGAGAGCCGACAACCGGUCUACUCGGAGGCGGCGAUGAGAAAUAAUGCAGCCGUUUUGGAGUACUCGAGGACGUGUCAAGCGGCUGCGGCUGGGAUAGCUUCAGGCAUUCUCGGUCUCACCUCGUUGCCUGGAUUCGUCUUCUAUUUUGCCACAUUACUGAUUCAAGCAAUUGUCUGGGAAGCGAAAUCCGGAUUCAAAUGGAACAAUUAUUUCCUUGAUCGCUCUUCUUCCGUCACUCAUUCACUUGUUUCCGGUCUAUUCACUUAUAGGGCGAUGCCGAAGAAAGUCGCCUACUACUAUGAUGGUGACUGUGGCAAUUAUUAUUACGGGCAAGGCCAUCCAAUGAAACCUCAUCGCAUACGCAUGACACACAACUUGCUUCUCAAUUAUGGACUUUAUAGGAAAAUGGAGGUUUACAGACCAAUCCCAGCGUCUUUCGAGGAAAUGACCAAAUACCAUUCGGACGAGUACAUGCUCUUCUUGAAGAAUAUCCGACCGGAUAACAUGUCUGAAAGCAGCAAACAGAUGGCUCGCUUCAACGUUGGUGAAGACUGUCCUGUAUUUGACGGUGUUUACGAGUUCUGCCAACUGAGCUGUGGAGGAUCGUUGGCGGCCGCCUGUAAACUCAAUCAAAAGCAAGCGGAUAUCACGAUCAAUUGGAUGGGCGGACUUCAUCAUGCAAAGAAAAGCGAGGCAAGCGGCUUCUGUUAUGCCAACGACAUUGUGCUGGCUAUUCUCGAACUUUUGAAGCACCAUCAGCGUGUGCUCUACGUGGACAUUGACAUUCAUCACGGUGACGGUGUCGAGGAGGCAUUCUACACUACCGACCGGGUGAUGACUUGCUCUUUCCACAAAUAUGGAGAGUAUUUCCCGGGAACUGGAGAUCUCAAGGACGUUGGUGCUGACAAGGGACGAUACUACUCACUAAACUUCCCGUUACGCGAUGGGAUCGAUGAUGAAUCCUAUGAACGAAUUUUCGUGCCGGUUAUGCAGCGUGUGAUGGAAUCAUAUCAACCUGGCGCCGUUGUGCUUCAAUGUGGUGCUGACUCGUUGACCGGCGACCGACUUGGGUGCUUCAAUUUGACUCUGCGAGGACACGGACGCUGUGUGGAGUUCUUGAAGAAAUUUGGCGUACCAUUGAUGCUUCUCGGCGGUGGUGGCUACACGAUUCGCAACGUUAGUCGAUGUUGGACUUACGAGACUGCUGUUGCGCUGGACACGGAUAUUGCGAAUGAGCUGCCUUACAACGACUAUUUUGAGUAUUUCGGACCCGAUUUCAAGCUUCACAUCUCACCAGCCAGCAUGAUCAAUCAGAACACACGGGAGUAUUUGGAGAAAACACAAAUUCGAAUCUUCGAACACUUGCGCGAAUUGCCCGCUGCUCCUGGUGUGCAAAUGCAGCCAAUUGGCGAUGAAGGCAUUUUCCAACCAGACAAAACCCUGCUUGAAGAUCACGCAGAUCCCGAUAAGCGGCUACCAUCGGUCGUUAAAGACAAAUUGGUCGAACAUCCGGGCGAGUUCUAUGAUGGUGGAAAAGAAGGAGAGAAAGACGCGCAAUCGCAUAAACGAACCGCAGACGAAGCUGACAAUGAAGCCAAGAAGUCAAAGGUUGAGAGCGAGGAGAUGGAAGCA